UGCUGGUAAAACCUUUAUUUGCUCCUUUAUCAGUUUCAAAAUCUUAUAAUCAGAUCUCAGUACUGUAUCAUUGUUUAUGGAGUUGUGUAUUUAAAUCUAAAAGUUGCUCCUUUUGUUCCAGAAAAUAAAGACCUCGUAUGCUGAACAUCAUUGUUGGCUGUAAGGUAGGUCUGACUUAUCCUGUUAAUUAAUGCAGCAGAUCCAUGCAGAAAUUAAUUUUUGUUUUUUAAGUACAUCAACUUAAGCAGUCUUACUUGAACAAUUUUAAGUAGGCUGCUUUCGCUCUGCUAUCUGAUCUUUUGUACCCGUAAUUUAUUUGGCACAUUGUUCCGACGGUUGUUGCUGCUCGUUGCUUUCCAGGAUACGGUUGUGCAAAACAUAUGCAAAAAAUGUCCUCCUAGUUUGACAUCAUACCCCAUUAUUAAAGCCAGUGUAGCAGCAGGUUUAUAGUCAGUAAUAAAUAUCUCAUGUUUUUCUCCCUCAGAAGAAAGAGGAAUUUAUUUGACCUUUUCACUGUUUAAUGUGUGUCGGCUCUUCAACCUGACAGAAAAGCAUGAAAGGUGCUGUGAAGGUGUUCCUCAUAUGCUGUCUACUUCAAGGUAGCUUAUGCCAAAACUGGGCCAUCUUCAUGCCUCAGACAGUAAAGGGAUUAAGUGGAUCCUGCGUGAACAUCCCCUGCACUUUCAGCUUGGACCCUAGCUACGAUCAAUACCUGGAUGACACGUGUAAAGGCAUUUGGAAGCAAGACAGCUGGAGUCAGAUGCAGGUGUUUGAUUCCAGCCUCACCGGUGCGAGCGCGAGCUCAAACAUCCUGCAGGGAAACUUGACGGGGAACCUGCGUGAGAAGGACUGCACCACCAUCUUCAACAACCUGCCGUUGAACCAUCGCGACAGGUAUUACUUCAGACUGCAGUGUGACAACCCACUGAAGUUCAGCUUUAAAAAAAACGUCAUCCUCAUCAAAGCGCAAGAUUCACUGGCCAAACCUUCCAUAACUCCACCCAACCUAGAGGUAGAAGAGGGGACUCCAGUGAGGUUGAACUGCUCGGUUAUAGCUACCUGUCCCACCCUUCCUCCAGCUCUGACGUGGACCCCCAGUGUAGGUGACAUUGAGGAGAACGUAGAAACCAAACUUGUCACCUCUGUUAUGAACUUCUCCGCCUCUUACCUCCACAAUGGGCAGAAUUUCUCGUGCACCGUUCUCCACAACCGACAAGAUGGCAGUGAUCUUGUGUACGAACAAAGUUUGACCCUCCAUGUUCAUUAUCCUCCAAAUAACACAUCAGUCAGUUACUCUGGUCCCGUGCAAGAAGGCAGCUCGGUGACUCUGACCUGCGACGCUAACGCGAAUCCAGCUGUGGACAGCUACACCUGGUACAAGGUGGUUGGAGAUCAUGUGACAGCAAUGGGGUCUAAGAAGAGACUCUCCACUACGGUCUCAGAAGUCGACAGCCAGUUUUACUGCAAAGCCAGUAACAAAUAUGGAGCCCAGAACUCAACCGUCACUCAGAUAGAUGUGCACUUUCCUCCAAAGGAAACCACAGUGGUCGUUGACCCUGAUGGUCCAAUAGUGGAGGGCAGCUCCGUUACUCUGGUCUGCAGGAGCCGAGCCAACCCAGCCGUGACCAACUACACCUGGUACAAAGAUGAGGUGGAGAGGGAGACCGGAUCGAGCUUAGUUAUAAACGGCGUCGACGCGAGCCACAGUGGGGACUACCGCUGUGCAGCAAAAAAUGAGCUGGGAGAGGACGUUUCCUCGGCGAUUCAGCUGGACAUUCAGUAUCCGCCUAAGAACACCUCAGUUUCCUCAGACCCCUCCGGCCCUGUGCCGGACGGCAGCUCCGUCACGCUGACCUGCACAAGCAUCGGCAAUCCAGCGGUGGUUAACUUCACCUGGUUCCGAGUUGCUGGGAGAGAAAAGGAGAUGGUGGGCUCGGAGCGAGACCUCGUCUUCAACGCGACCAAACUCUCGGAGGAUCAGUAUUACUGCGAGGCUCUGAAUGUCCACGGAGCUGAAUGCUCAGAGCCUGCGCGUCUGGAUGUCACAUUCGCUCCAGAGAUCCUUCCCUCCUCCCGCUGCGUCAAGAUUUUAUCGCAGAUCCGAUGUUCCUGCGACAGCCAGGGGAACCCCCCUCCCUCCCUGGUUUGGGAAUUGGCCGGGGUGCCUGUCAAUCACUCUGCUGACAUCCCGAUCAGGGAGGUUCCCCUGGGGAGCGUGGGCAUGAGGAGCCUCAUCAGCUUGUACCGUCUGGAUGAAGACAUGCCCUCUUUGGUCUGCGUCAGCAUCAACUCACUGGGCUCUGUUAGUUUUCUCUUCAACAUGUCCUCCAGUGAAACACAGCUAGGCCUCCAUACUGUGUCUCUGUUGGUCGGCUCUGCAGCGGGAGCUCUGGGGAUGCUGCUGGUGUGUGUCCCGCUGCUGCUUUUCUUUUGCAGGAAGAGGAAAGGCAGUAUUUCAGCUGAUAAGGGACUGGUGGACACUUCAGACAUUCUAGUUACUAAUGAGACAAACUCGUCAAAGGUAGAUGUGAUUUAUGCCAAUAAAGCCAUUGUGGAACAGGAAGGAGCUGCUGAGGAAAACCUUGUCCACUACGCCAGUGUGAACUUCGCUAAACUGCAGGCCAAGCCAGAGGGAAAGCUCGAACAAGGGGAGAUCAGAGGCCUGGCCUCCAAGACGUCAGAGUAUGCUCAGAUCCGCCUGCACUCCAGAGGAGACAACGGAGGCCGUGCAAAUGAAGAAGAGACAGUCAAGUGAGUCAGUCAUUUAAAUGAUAGCUGAAACGCAGGACUUUAUGAUGAUUCAGUUUUGCGCAGUCAGCGGAGUCCAGCUGAGCAGAACAACCUCGUAAAGUCUGCAGCAGCUGCGAUGCAGGCAGUCUUAACUCUUUUCUGUCAGUCCUUCCUGGAUCUCUUUACUGAAAAAUGUCUAGCACAUUUUAUAUGCAUAAAGUAGGUAGUUACAUGACACAGAUGUCAGUUAAUCUGAAUACUGGGGAUGAACCUUUAACCACCCCACAAUCAACCAUAACGACAAAUGUUCCCUUUAAACUCAUGACUUUUAUAGUUCAGUGUAGCUGUUUAAUGUUUCAAUGCUAACUUCUCUUAAUUUAUUUAAGCCCUUUGUGCAGAGUGAAAGAAGCACGUCCAGAGUGACAUUUGUCAACCACUUUUUUAAAUGAUAAUUUUACAUUUGUUCUUUGUUAAAAAAUUAAAUAUGUUUGUGCUUGUUUAUAAAAAUGCCGUUCCUUCUGCAAAAGCUGAAGUCGAAUCGUGUAAUGAAAUGGGGCAUUAUGCCCAUCACACGCUGUUUCAACAUGCAUAUUUCAGAAACAAGCAUCAGUGAAGCUACUGCUGUACAGCUUUACAACAUUUACAGCCAUGUCAGGAUGUUCACAAACGUCACACUGAUGUCAUUAAAGCUUUACAAAUAUGUACAUUUCCCCAUACAUUCUUUCAGGAGUUAAUAUGUUAAAAUUGACCUUUAUCUGUUUGGGGUUUGGAUAAAGCUCCAAACGAUGGUCACUGUCCUCUCUUCUGUUUGUUACUUGUUAAUGCACACAAAUGAAAAAUGAUGCAGUAAAACAACAAUAAUACAUUGUAAUGUAAAUACAAUACAGUACAGUGACUCAGACACAAGGUGGGUGUACCCGUAAGGUAGGCUAAGAAUAUCGCAACGUUUUCUGGAGAAACUGAUGAUUUUCACUGAAUAUGAAAUUCAGUAAAUAUUUCCUCAGGCCUGGGACACACUGCCUGUCUCUACGUGCGACGCCUACCUCACUGAACCAGAAUGAGGCUAAGCCUGGCCUAGCAUACUGCAAAAUAAAUGGAGUAUUGCAGUGUGCAGUAUAUAGCACAUAUCAUACCACAUGUGAUAAAUCCGACAUGCUAAUGGGUAAUUGCAGUGUGAAGGAGGAGAGACGGCUCGGCCCACCUUAAACUCAGAUUUUGACCUGAGAGUACUGCGUCUCCUCUUCAUCAGAGGUGCUGGAGUCGCUGCUUGAGUCGCUGCUGGAGUCCCUGGCGGCUCUCUGAUGUCCAGUCUUUGCCUUGAAGUUCACCUGUGAAUAAUUGAGCUCCACUUCAUCCUCACUGGUGUCGGUGUCAUAGUUCAGGGGAUUUGGAGAUUUGGCUGCGUGUGCUGCACUGACGUUCUCGUAGUCCACCAGCUUCUUUGGUUCAUUCUGGGAGGAUAAGAUCAUUUGUGUCAUCAAUUGCGACACUAU